GUAUCACGCCACAUCGAGCUGAAGCUCGGCGGCUGAACGUGUUCGUCCGAUCGCUUUGCGAGUUUUUUUAAGCUUAUUGCGGCCUCAAACGCGCACACCAGCGUAUUUUAAGCUAUAUAUUAUAUAUAGCUUAUACCCUAAAACCUUCCGCAAUGGCCGCAUAAAUGCAAAUCUUUUGGGCUUUGUCCCACCAUAUUUAUUCAAUUCCGUGUCGCUAAAUUUUUUUCAAGUGGAAAUCUGGUGUUAGAUCUGCAAUAUUAAAUCGUGAUUAAAGUUUUUCUUGUUCAAUCGACCCGAUAAAUCUAAAAAAUCAACUUCGACGCAACACCUCGAGAUCAGGAAGACUGUGUGGCCGCGUUUGAAAUCCAACAAUCGGGAAAAUCUGAGGAGAGGCAACGACGAAAUUGACGGAGAGGAAACCAACAAAAUUCGGCAUGACAAGUUCUGGAUGCCCCUGGGGGAAGCUACCCCAGCCAGCGGCGGCUCUCUUUGACGAUGUUAUGAGCGAGGAGUUGGCACGCGAGUUCGAGAAAGAAGAGCUCAUUUCAGCAUCGAUGAUCCCCAUCGACAAGUCACCAAGCCUCCAAGACUCGCCUCCGAACACCGACGACGACCUCAUGUUGGCCCGCAUGCUCCAGGAGCAGUUCGAUCGCGAAGCUAACGGAGAAGAAGCCUUGAAAAUCGAAGUGGAGAAUCGCGACAGCGAACGCAACUUGAGAGAUGGCGAUUCGAUCGCCCCGGACUCGGACUCCGACGACGAGGCUCGGGACGUCGAUCGUUUCGCUACUCAACAGCGGACGAAUCCUCCGAUCGGUUUUCGAGGAUUCUCCCGCGACCAGGAUGGUACGAUCAAAACGAAACACGAUGCUGACAUGUGUGGACGGAAACACGCUUGCAAAGUCAUGGAGCUUACAUCAUCAAUCGCGACGGGUGACGGCGCCGGUUUCGACAUGAAACUCAACAACAGCGUCUAUAACUCGCUCCGAGUCCACUCCAAGAUGGAGGAGCGUCGAGCGUCACGUCUGCACGACAAAAAAGAAAAAGCAACGGCCGAACAGACGAUGGACGCGGCGACCCGUCUCCUGAUUUUCAAGCUGAUCAAUCGCGACAUCCUGGAAAUGCUCAACGGUUGCAUUUCCACCGGCAAGGAGUCCACGGUUUUCCACGCUCAGGGUGGAAGUACCACGGAGUUCAACGUCCCCAAGGAAUGCGCCAUUAAAGUUUUCAAGACCACACUCAAUGAGUUCAAGAAUCGCGCCGAAUAUAUCAAAGACGAUUUCCGCUUCAAAGAUCGUGUCGGGAAACUCAACGAUCGCAAAACUCUUCUCGUCUGGGCUGAGAAAGAACUCUUCAACUUGAAGAAGAUCCACCGCGCCGGCAUAAACUGUCCCCAAGCUGUCAUCCUGCGCAAACAUGUCUUGGUCAUGACUUUCAUCGGGUUCGCGGGGAAACCUGCUCCGAAGCUGCGGGACGCUAACCUGAACCGCGAACAGCUCAAGGAAGCCCUUAUCCAAUGUUGCGACGUGAUAAAGAAACUCUAUCAGAUCUGCAAACUCGUCCACGCCGACUUCUCGGAGUACAACAUUCUCUGGCAUCUCGGUAACAUAUGGGUCAUUGACGUAUCCCAGGCGGUGGACAGGCUGCAUCCGAAUGCGCUCGAAUUCCUCUUGCGCGACUGCACGAACAUCACCGAGUUUUUCCGCAGAAGCGGCUUAGAGAACGUGCCCGCACCCAAGGAAUUGUUCCAACAGGUGUGCGGCUUAGAGCUGCCCGGCGAGGGCGCCGAACUGCUUUCGCAAAUCCGUAAUUUCGUCCGCGAGCGAGACCUUUUCCAGAAAGACGACGCAUGCCACCAGUGCGACGAGUUCGAGGUGAUGUUCAGACACUCAGGCCACCUCCUUAACUUGGCCGACGAUUCUGAUUAGAACCCCGAUGAACAACCAGAUUUCCAUUCGGACUAUAGUGUAUGCGCCCAGCGUCGAAGUUUCACUCGUGCCCCAUGAAUUGUCCGGAGAGGGAGCCAAAGAUGAAUAUCGGAGUUUGUCAGCUUUCGUGAUUACUCACCCGCAUAUCUAUCCUAUUAUCAUUAUUAUUAUUAUUACAAGAAGAACAUUCAUUCCGAAAGCUGACUCCUUCGUGCGUAAGAUGCAUUCGAUCUCAGAAAGAGAGUAAACUCGACGCUGUGCCCAUACAAAUAUUCGCGAUGAUUCGGCAAAAUGUCUAUAAUCUGUGAAAAUAUGGCGACCUCCCGGUCGUCGUGAUCUUCUUGAAUAAAAUUCACUUGUUA